AUGUGGUUUUCUCAUCCUGAUUUCUUGAGAAUGGUGGAAGAUUCUUGGAAGUCUCCGGUUUAUGGUAAUUUGGAUUUUAUUUUUCCUUAUAAAUUGAGAAGGUUGAAGGAGGCAAUCAAAUUGUGGAAUCAAACGGUCUUUGGAAAUGUGAAUGCUAGGCUGAAACAAGCUCAACUUAAGUUUGAAGUGGCUUGUAGGAAUUCUGAUGAGGAUCCUUUUAAUACUUCUAAAUUGAACAUUAUGAAGGAUUCUCUGGUGGCGGUUCAAGAUGUUCGUAUGCAACAUCUUACUAUGUUGAAACAAAAGGCUCGUAAUAGGUGGAUUUUGGAGGGUUCUAGUAACACUUCUUUUUUUCACAGCAAUAUAAACAUUCGAAGGAGCACAAAUACAAUCUCGGAGUUGGUUACUGAAGAUGGUGUGACUAUCUCAGAGCCUAUUCAGCUUCGUGACCAUGUGGUUUCUUAUUAUGAGUCGAAGUUCAAUGGUGUGGAGCUUCCUAUUGAGGAUAAUCUCUUUGAUUAUGAGCAUGAGUCCAUUUCUAUGACUGAUAAGCAGAUGUUAGAUGCCAUUCCUUCUUUGGAUGAAAUUAAAUCAGCAGUUUUUGAUUUAGGUGCGGAUAGUGCUCCGGGUCCAGAUGGUUUCUCAGGGUGUUUUUAUAGACACUGUUGGGAUAUAAUUCAGCAGGAUCUUCAUUCGGCUAUUGUUUAUGCUUGGACUUCUAAGUCAAUUCCGAAGGGUUCGAAUUCUAGCCUAAUUAUUUUGAUUGCUAAGGUUAGAGGUGCGGAUAGCUUGAGGAAAUAUAGACCUAUCGGUCUAAGCAAUUUCUUCUUCAAGAUUUUCACUAAAAUUCUGGCUACUAGACUUGGUCGGGUGUUGGAUAAGUUAGUGUCAGAGGAGCAGGUGGCUUUUAUGAAAGAAGAUAUGGUUUUUCUGAGGAUUGGUGUUUGUGGAUUCAGAAAAUUCUGGAGUCAUCGCGCAUAUCUAUUCUGCUCAAUGGUAGCCCGGAAGGGAAAUAUGAAGAGCUUGAGAAGUUUGGUGAAGUUGCUUGAUUCUUAUCAGCAAGCUUCAGGUCAGCGUGUUUGUAGAGAGAAGAGCAAAAUUUACUUUGGUGGUGGCUCUUUGAGUAGACGUCAAACCAUUGCUGCUUUUCUAGGGAUGGAAGUUACGCAUUUUCCUGAUCGUUAUUUGGGGGUGAAAGUUAUGCCUGGUGCGGUGAGAUAUCAUCAUAUUAGCAAUGUGGUGGAUAAGCUUAAAGAGCAACUUUCGGUUCUGAAAGUGGCCGGUGAAAUUCAUUCAGCAAAUCCUGUGGAGGAGGGUGGUCUUGGAAUCACUAGUUUAAAAACUAUGAACAAGGCUUUGCUUAUGAAGCUUUGGUGGUCUAUUAAAUAUUCUUCUAAGAGGUGGGCUCGUUUUUUGGAGUCUAAAUUCACUUGCAGGGAUGGGCGUCUCAAGAUGGCUGGUGUAAAAUCUUCUAUUCUUCCUGGAAUUCGUUGGGUUCAUAAGGAAGUUGUGAAUAAUACAAAAUGCAUCAUUGGAGAUGGGAGGAAUACGUCUCUUUUCUAUGAUGUGUGGUAUGGAAGUGAGACUUUGGCAAGUGUUCUUAAUCGUUCAGACUUGGACAGAUCAGGUCGGGUUUGUGAUAUUAUUUCUCAUGGUAAUUGGCUGUUGCAAGGAGCUCACUUGCAAGAUCUUGUUAGUGCUGGUGUGGUUAUGGAGAAUUUGCCAACGCUUUGUAGUGGGAGGGACAAGAGGAUUUGGAUGCCUGAUAUGAAGGGUGUGUUUUCAGUUAAGUCAGCUAGAGAUUUGAUUAGAAAGAAGUUCCCUACUAUGAAAGAAGCUUCGCUAUUGUGGAGGAAAGUUGUGCAUCCUUCUUUGGCGGCUCAAAAUUGGAAGUUUGUUCGGGGAGCGUGUGCAACUCUUGAUAAAGUUCGCAGCAGGUUUAAGAUUCAAUUGGCUUCUAGGUGCAGCGUUUGUCAUAUUGAAGAGGAGACACUUCAGCACGUCCUCUGGAGCUGUAGUUUUGCGCAAAAAGCUUGGAACUGGAUAGCAGGUAUUUUCAAUAUAAAACCUCAUUAUGAUUUGAUCACGUCUUACAAUGGAGCUAGGCUUCAAAGUGGCAUUGUUCGGGAUUUGUGGCUGGUAGCAAAUUUGGUUGUGCGAUCUGAACUUUGGUUCACUAGAAAUAAGAAGGUAUAUGAGAAGAAAGUUCCUUGCUGGUCCUUUUUCCAAAAAAGAGUGUUCAAUUUGAUGCAUGAAUACUCAGCUAGAAUGAAGAGUUUUAUGUACAAUACGGUAGCAGAAUUGAGAAUUUUGGAUUUCUUUCGUGUUAAGCAUAGGAAAGUGAAGAUUUCAGAUCCAAAGGAGUGUUAUUGGACGCCUCCUAAUAACAAUGAAUUGAUGUUGUGUACUGAUGGUGCCUCAAGAGGAAACCCGGGAGUGGCAGGGGCUGGUGUUGUGGCUAGAAAUGCGAGUUUGGAAGUGGUUGGGGCAAUGUGUAUUGGCUUAGGAAUUGCGACUAACUAUAUGGCUGAGUUAUAUGGUAUUAUUGUUUGUCUUGAAUGGGCAAUUCAAUGGGGUUAUGAUCGUUUGUUGAUUAGAUCAGACUCUUCUUCGGUGCUGAAGGCUUUGGAGGAGGAUAAUGUUCCAUGGUUUGCUACACAAAGAUGGCUGAAUGCUAAGGGUUUAUAUGGUGCUAUUCGGUUUGUUCACACUUUUCGUGAAGCGAAUUUUGCUGCGGAUGGAAUGGCUAAGCGUGGUUGUUUGUUAGAAGAAGGAGUAGAUUUGCAUAGCAAACGGACAACUCCAAAUAAUGUGCUCCAACGAUUCCUCAUCAGCAUUGCAUAA